CCUGAAUAGAUAUCAUUGCAAGCAUUGCACCUAUUUACUUUAUAUGGUUAAAUGGUUAGCAUUAACAAAAGCAUUAAGAACAAUGUCUCCUUUGUGCAAAACAGUUUUCUGUCUAAUACCCAUCAUUCAGUAUGUUUCUACAUUUAAAAAAAUGACUGUUUUUGAAAGAGUGACAUUGAUCAUUCAAAGUACAGUCAUAUUUUUAUGACAACUAAUAUAUCAUAAAGAUGUGACAUCAGUACCCGACCUGACGUCAGAUAGGUGUGUUAAUAUAGAGUAUUUAUAAUCUGUCCUCUCUUCAUUUUAGCACUAGAGAAUAAAGGCUUACACACUUAAAGUCUGUUUAAUAUUUCUGAGCCUUAACAAAACAGAAUAUUUACAUCAUGUGUACAGGAAAGUGCGCUAAGUUUAUUGGCAUCAGCCUCUAUCCGCUGGCACUGCUGUCCAUCAUCUGUAACAUUUUUCUGUUUUUCCCUGAUUUUCAAAUUACUUAUUCCAAGGAGGAUGCAGAGGGAUUCUACCGUCUUACAGAUGAGAUCAAAUACAUGGGAGGCGUUGUUGGAGGAGGUAUCUUGGUAUUGAUUCCUGCGAUUCACAUCCAUAGCACUGGGAGAGAAGGCUGUUGUGCAAACCGCUGUGGGAUGUUCCUGUCCAUUAUCUUUGCUGCAAUUGGUGUGGUUGGUGCUUUGUACAGUGGUGUUAUAGCUGUGCUUGGUUUGGUUAAUGGACCAGUUUGCUUGCCUGAACAUGGUGAUUGGAGCAGACCAUUCAUGAACAGCACUGAAAACUACUUGGGAAACCCUGACAUUUGGGACACUUGCAAAGAACCAGAAAAUAUUGUGGAGUUCAACAUUGGCCUGUUUGUCGCCCUGCUGGUGGCUGCUUGUUUAGAACUGCUGCUCUGUGGAUUUCAGGUGCUCAACGGCCUCUUUGGAUGCAUCUGUGGUACAUGCAAUCGCAAAGAGGUCGUGGCAUAAGUUCAAAAUGACAACAGACCAGAUAACACAGGAUCAAGAUCUAUUACCACACAUUGGUUCUCAGUACCAACGUGUGACCAUUAAUAAAUAUGGAAGUGAACAGUAAUUAAGAAAGGACCUGUAAAACUUACUUCACUGAUUAACAUCUUCUCUAUUGAAACAUUGUUUGCAUGUCAUACUAUUGAAUAAUAGACUGAGAAAAUGUGGCAGGAAACACUCCCUGAUCAUCAAUGUGGAUAAAAUGGGUUCAUUUGUUGUGUAAAUGUAAAUAUGUUAAAGUUGUAUUUAUUUUCUUAUUUUAUGUUGUAAAAUAUUUAGAUGGUUUAAAUUAUAGUUCAAUGUUAUGUUAAAAUCAAUGCAUUUAUAUUUACAUAGACAUUUUUAAUUUAUUAAAAUGAAUAUAGAUACACAAUUAAUUAUUUCUUUAAAAAAAACUGCCCCUUCCCAGUGUUACAUCUGCUGAUGCUGGUGGCAGGUGCGAUUUACGGUGGAGGAAGGAUUGGCUUGUUUUUAUCAGGCAGACCUUUUUUUUUUUGCUAAGAUCUAAAUGUUCAGAUGUUUAACACAUUUUAUUCUAAAUAAAACUUUUAACAGGU